AUGGUGUUCAUUAAGCUUACUCCCGCUAUCCUUCUGGCCUUCCUGGCUGGUGCCAAUGCCAAAGACAUCUUUGUGUCUCCAACAGGAACUGGCUCUGGUACCCUUGCAUCACCAUACGGAUCUAUCCAGUCCGCCAUUGAUGCUGCCAAAGCUGGCGAUAUCAUUUACCUUCGCCAAGGUACCUAUGCGCCGUCUAAGAACAUCCAAGUCAAGACAAGCGGUGCCAAGGGCAGCCCCAUCGUCGUGAAGCCUUAUCAGAAUGAGAAGGCCGUUGGCGAGUCGCUCCCAAAUGCUGAGCGUGGUGUCUUCCACAUUCAGAACGCUGAGUGGUGGUCUUUCUAUAACCUAGAAAUCAUCAAUGGCCCUUACGGUAUAUACGCACGUGAUGCUUCAAACAACUAUUAUGAAGGCCUCUCCACCCAUGACAACUACGAGACUGGCUUUCAGCUCGAAGGUGCAUCGUCCAACAACUUGGUCAUCAACCUGGACUCUUACCGCAACCGCGAUCCACGAAAGAAUGGUGAGAGUGCAGAUGGCUUCGCCUGCAAGGAGGGCAAGGGCGAGGGCAACGUUCUUCGAAAUGCGCGUCUCUGGGACAACGUUGAUGACGGUUUAGAUCUGUACAUGUUUGGCUCUGCCGUCACUUUGGACGAGGUGUACGCUUGGGGUAACGGCUUCAACCGCUGGGACUUUAGCAGUUUUGAGGGUGAUGGAAAUGGCUUCAAGCUGGGUAUUACAAACAACCCUCCUGCCAACCACAUCGUCAAGAACUGUAUGGCUUUCCAGAAUGCCCAGAAGGGAUUCAUCGACAACGGAAACCCAGGUUCUUUGACCUUUGAUCGCAACACUGCGUGGAAGAAUGGCAAUCUGGGCUUCCAUCUCCGCAGCUCGUCAUCCAAGGUGACCAAGAAUGUUGCCUCUAACAACACCGGCAAGCAGGUUGAUCUUAACAGCAAGGUCUCUGCAUCAGGAAACUCGUGGGAUUCGAGUGAUACUUGGAACGAUGCUGCGUUCAAGAGCACGGAUGCGUCUACGCUGAAGGGCGCUCGUGGGUCGGAUGGACGUGUGAAGGCUAGUGAUUUCUUGGUACCUGCUUCUGGUGCUGCUAUUGGCGCUACUACCAAGGCAAAGGUUCAAAAGCUUCGAAGGUUCGCAUACUAA